ACCAACAAAAGGAUACAAAUUGGAAAAAUAGUUUUACAUAAAGAAAAUUAUUUUAAAUUCUUUUUCUUUUUCCCACCAAACCCUAUUUCCACCCACCAACAACCAUCGCCGCCACCACCCUCAACCUCCUUAUAUAACCUCUCACUUCUUCAGGCUACAACAAAAAUUCAAUUUUGAUCACAAACUUAUUUACCAAAAUGGCCCUCUCCUCCACCAACUCUCUCCUCCCCGCCAAAUCCUUCAAAAUUCAAUCUUUACCACCACCCCUCAAAUCUUUUCCGGCCACCACCACCGCCCCCACCACCACAAGAUCAAUCAAACCCAUCUUAGCCGUCCAUUCACCCGACCCAUCAAAACCCCCAACUGAAAAAUCCUCAAAACCACCUUCUCCGGCCACCGCCGCCACCGCUGCAACCGCCACUCCAAAAGUGGCCCCCACAACUAAAUGGAGCGUUGACAGUUGGAAGACCAAAAAGGCACUUCAAUUGCCGGAAUACCCGGAUCAAGCUGAGCUUGAUUCGGUGCUCCAAACCCUUGAUUCGUUUCCUCCGAUUGUGUUUGCUGGUGAAGCAAGACAUUUAGAGGAGAGGCUUGCUGAGGCGGCUAUGGGGAAUGCUUUUCUUUUGCAGGGUGGUGAUUGUGCUGAGAGUUUUAAGGAGUUUAAUGCGAAUAAUAUUAGGGAUACUUUUAGGGUGAUUCUUCAGAUGGGUGCUGUGUUGAUGUUCGGUGGUCAAAUGCCUGUCAUCAAGGUAGGAAGAAUGGCCGGUCAAUUUGCCAAGCCUCGAUCGGAUCCUUUUGAGGAGAAAAACGGUGUGAAAUUACCAAGUUACAGAGGCGAUAACGUAAACGGUGAUGCGUUUGAUCUGAAAUCGAGAACACCGGACCCACAAAGAUUGAUUAGGGCAUACUGCCAAUCUGCAGCCACUCUUAAUCUUUUGAGGGCUUUUGCCACCGGUGGUUAUGCCGCUAUGCAAAGGGUUACUCAAUGGAAUCUUGAUUUCACCGAGCAUAGUGAAGCCGGUGACAGGUAUCAAGAGCUAGCUAGCCGAGUUGACGAGGCACUUGGGUUCAUGUCCGCUAUUGGGCUUACAACGGACCACCCUAUUAUGACCACCACGGAUUUUUGGACAUCACAUGAAUGCUUACACUUGCCAUAUGAACAAUCUCUUACUAGAUUGGAUUCAACUUCAAGCUUAUAUUAUGAUUGUUCGGCCCAUUUCCUAUGGGCCGGGGAGAGAACUCGCCAACUUGAUGGUGCACACGUUGAGUUCCUUAGAGGAAUUGCAAACCCUCUCGGAAUUAAGGUGAGUGACAAGAUGGACCCGAAUGAGUUGGUUAAGCUCAUUGAUAUUUUGAACCCUCAAAACAAGCCGGGGAGGAUUACGAUUAUCACAAGAAUGGGAGCCGAAAACAUGAGAGUCAAACUUCCACAUCUUAUUAGAGCCGUUAGAAGGGCGGGUCAAAUUGUCACAUGGGUUAGCGAUCCUAUGCAUGGCAACACCAUCAAGGCUCCGUCUGGACUCAAAACUCGCCCGUUUGAUGCUAUUAGGGCGGAAGUGAGGGCGUUCUUUGAUGUGCACGAGCAAGAAGGAAGUCACCCGGGAGGAGUUCAUCUUGAAAUGACGGGUCAAAACGUGACUGAAUGCAUUGGUGGUUCGAGAACCGUGACCUUUGAUGACCUUGGCUCGCGUUACCACACCCAUUGUGACCCGCGGCUCAAUGCAUCCCAGUCUUUAGAGCUCGCCUUCAUCAUAGCCGAACGGCUCAGAAAGAGAAGAAUGGGAGCUAAACAAUCUUUGUCCUCUUGAAGUGCUUCUGGUUCGUUUAUGUUAUCUUUAAGGUUUUGCUUGUUUUGAGUUGGUUUUCAAAAAGGAAUUAUGAUCUUGUAAUGUAUGUGUAUACUUGUGAUGAGAUAAUAACAUUUAAAGUCACAUAUGCAUCAAUAAUAUAAAGAUAUUGGGGUUUA